AUGAGCCGCCCCUGUGACGGAAUACAGCGUUCGCCACUUGCAGCUCGUUGGUGUUUGAGAGUCUACGCUGUAUUCCAACUGUGCAUGCUCUAUCUUCCACUGUUCCGGCAUCAUUGUGCAUUCGUGCACCUGUGCCGUUCCCGUCGACCUGUACGGCUUGGUCGUGUCGUCCAAUAUGCUCAGCUUGGGGCAGCUUCCCCUCUACCGACCGCCUCUGGCAAACCUGUUGUGCUUGACCGCUUGUGCCGCGGCUGGUCUAUUCAUCAGGUGCUGGGUGGUUACCGUUUCAACGGCGACGAUAUCCUCCUGGCACGAGAAGCCUGGCGAGCAGCUCCCUCUGCGGAUCACCUGCUGGACCUGGGUGCUGGAACUGGAUCAGUCGGCCUCUUCUGGCUAGCCCAGCGGCCCCAAGCGCGCUUGACAGCUGUGGAGGCGCAAGAGGAGAGCACGGAAUUGCUAAAUCGCACAGUGGGGCUCCUGGAGCUUCAACCGCGCGUUCGCGUUCUUCAGGGUGAUCUGCGUGACGAAGGCCUGAUGCAGCCCUUUAAGGCAAAGUUCGAUGUGGUGACUGCCAAUCCGCCCUACAUCAUUCCUGGCGACAGGAAACUCCCAGCCCACAGCCAGCGUCGAUACUGCUACUAUGAGCUACGUGGCGGGCCCUAUGAAUUUGCACAGGCUGCCGUGAAGGCCCUGACUGACGAGGGGAAGUUCUGUAUGGUACAUGUUGCCAGUCGCAGUGCCGAUGUGGACCGAGCACUGGCAGAUGUGGGCCUGAAAACCCUGCGGCGUCUCACCGCAUUUUCUAGAGGAGAACCGAAGUGGCAGGUGCUGGUUUGCAGCCGGUCGCCUUCAGAACUGGCAGUGGACGAACAAGAGUUGGUGGUGCGAGAUGAGUCGGGCCGUUGGACAAAGGAUUGGGAUGCGAUUUGCCUGGAGAUGGGUGCUUUCCAAAAGCCGACCCUU